AUGGAGGUCAUCAAGAUUAUAUUGAUCAUAGCAACAACCAUGGCUUUGUCUAUCACUCUCAUGACCGUGAAAAGGGUCAGUCAUGGAGUAGAAGAAGGAAAAACCCCUUUCACCGACUCAUGGAAAGAACAACAGGAGGUCGAUGAAAACACCUUGCUACUGCCUUCGAAGAGGGUGAGUCGUUUCCUAGCUGAAAAGGAUCUGGUUGACAGAAACCCUAGAGCAGCUGACCAUUGCCACAAAGACAAUGAGGUAUGUGCCUACACACCACCGGGCUACAAGAACUCGACGUGUUGCAACAACAAGUGCCUGGACUUGUCCGAGGACAAGCACAACUGUGGUGCAUGCAAGAAGAAGUGCAAGUACACUGAAUCGUGUUGUAGGGGGGGUUGCGUGGACACAAAUUAUGACAAGAGGCAUUGUGGCCAAUGCAACAGUCCCUGCAAGUUGGGGCAGUUCUGUGUGUAUGGUCUUUGCAAUUAUGCGUGA